AUGAUGGGGCCAUUAUUCCCGAGGCUCCAUGUGAAUGAUACAGAGAAAGGGGAGCCGAGAGCGCCUCCAAGGAACAAGAUGGCCCUUUAUGAGCAGCUAAGCAUUCCAUCUCAAAGGUUUAAUUUUGGGGUUUUGCCUCGUAAUCCAAGUAACUUGGCUCCUGCCGGGUCUUCCAGCCAGGCGAGUAGGCUUAAAAGGACUUUAUCCUCGCCACCAACUCUAGCCGAUCAACUGCCUUCUUUCCAGCCCAGUGCUGGAACUUGA